AGCGGCAGUUGUCCGGUAGGGGGCGCGGCUUGAGUUAGCGACCACACUCCGGGCAGCCCUGCGCAUACAUUAGCGGCCGGCGAGUGACAAAGGCGAACCUGUGCUUCCCCGCCGGUAUCUUCCCUCCAUACACACACACACCGUGCAUAAAUACCGCUGCAGUGCUAAUUCUUUCACCCAGUCUUUCCUUCGUGAGAACGUGAGAGUUUUCUCGACACUUUUCGAAACGUUUUUGGUCGAGAACGCACGCCUCGCGCGGAGACCAGCGCACACGUACAGAUGAGUUCGGCGGAGACGAUGAAGCAGACCGCGGCGACGCCGGACCAGUUCUCGGUGAGCCACCUCCUCAGCGCCGUGGAGAGCGAGAUCUCGGCGGGGUCGGAGAAGGGCGACCCGACCGAGCGCGACCUGAAGAUAUCUCUGGAAGAAAAACCUCUGUGGGACAAGUUCAACGCCUUAACCAACGAGAUGAUCGUCACAAAAAACGGAAGACGCAUGUUCCCCGUGCUGAAGGUGAACGUGUCCGGACUGGACCCUAACGCCAUGUACUCCUUCCUGCUGGACUUCACGGCCGCCGACAACCACCGCUGGAAGUACGUCAACGGCGAGUGGGUUCCCGGCGGCAAGCCCGAGCCGUCCGUGCCGAGCUGCGUCUACAUCCACCCGGACUCGCCCAACUUCGGCGCGCACUGGAUGAAAUCACCUGUGUCCUUCAGCAAGGUCAAACUCACCAACAAACUCAACGGAGGUGGACAGCAGAUCAUGUUGAACAGUCUUCACAAGUACGAGCCCAGACUUCACAUCAUCAAGGUGGGCGGGCCGGAUAACCAGCGCAUGAUCAGUACACACACCUUCCCGGAGACACAGUUCAUAGCAGUUACUGCGUACCAAAAUGAAGAGAUCACAGCUCUGAAGAUCAAGUACAACCCUUUCGCCAAGGCUUUCUUGGACGCAAAAGAAAGAAGUGAUGGAAAGGACGGAUUAGAAGACUUGCAAGAUCAACCACAAUAUUCCCAACUCGGAGGCUGGUUCCUGCCCGGUACAGGUCCCAUCUGCCCGCCGCCCAACCCUCACCAGUUCGCCCCGUCCCUCGGCCUGCCCAGUCACGGCUGUGAUAGAUACAGUACUCUGAGGAACCACCGCUCGGCGCCCUACCCGCACCCGUACCAGAGAAGCUCGCCUCCAACGAACUACGGCCACGACACGGCUGCCAGCCUUCCCAUGAUGCCGACGCACGACAACUGGUCCGGCCUGCCUGUCUCCACACACAACAUGCUGUCCAUGUCAGCCAUGCCUCACACCACCACAUCCACGCACGCGCAGUACCCCAACCUCUGGUCCGUCUCCAACAACAACCUGACGCCCACCACGCAUGCGCAGACGCACAUGUCCGGCACCAUGGGCACGGGUCUGCCGCACCAGUUCCUGAGGACCACCGCGCCUGCGCCCUACCAUUCCAUCCCCACCUGCACGGUGCCGACCACGGCGUCCAGCUCUCCGGUGUACCACGACUCGCACGAGGUGUCUUCCACGGACAGCGGGUAUGGCCACUCCACUACCCCGCCCGCCACGCAGACAAGGAUACCCGCCAACAACUGGAGCCCCAUGACUCCACCUUCACUGUAAAACAGAAAGUCCGAGCCACUCAGAAAGACUGAAAAAUAUUGUGCAAAUUCAAUAUAAGCUCUAUUUUAUAGUUGUAAAAAAUGCAUGCGCUUUGCUUCAUCUUGCCAAAGAUACCCAGGUUUGAUAGCCUGGGUGCCACCCAUUUUGUAUACGUGUAAAGGGGUACCUUAUUGCACUCGCUACCCCGAAAAAUGGAUGGCUCCCAGGCUAAAGGUUGGAGUUUUUGACCCCAACUUUUGUACAUUUAAAACCUGGAGUAAUGUCCCUUCUCAGGUAGUUUGUUGCGGAAGUGCUGUCAGACAGAUUCAAGAUUGUAUUAUUACAUGUACAUAAUUUUUACCAAAGCUGUGGUCUGUUGCUAGCUUUGUUAUCUAUAUGAACCGUAGAUUUUAUUAAAAAAUGAGUAUUUUUGGAAGAAACGUUUGUAUUUAAAGAAAGCCCAAGAGCAUUUCUUAUUUAUCGAUAUUUCGUACCCUCGCUUGUUGUAUUAUCUGUAUAUAGUUGUACAGUUUGGGUGAGAUUUUACACCACUUACUAGUAUUAUCGGAAGUAGUAAAUUACGCUGCUCGCCUGACUAACUCGUCAACCUGUUACUUACCUGGAUUACCCUUAAUUGUGCAGACAAACAGAUAGCAAGCCAGCACUUAAGGCACGUGUUAAAACACCUGCCGGCUAUUUGAACUUUUAAGCCUCUCUAUAACAGGUGAUUCACACCAAUACGCGAGACACUUCUGAUAAAAGCUGCCACAGUCUGGUUUUACACCCAGUGCCAAGAGAAAAACUUCCGUCACUUUUGUAUUUCAGUAUCAGCUUGGCGACAAGAACACUCGAGAAUUGCGAAGGGACAAUCAGCUGUUGUGUCGUACCUUUUGUAAACGUAGCUUUUCUACCUGUUGUCAGAAAAAGGAGAGUUAAUAAAGACGUAUGCUGUGC